AUGGCCACUUUCACUUCAAUUACUCAACACCAGUCAAUUUCGUCGUCAUUGUACCAAAAAUUUCAUGAAUCAACCCAUAUUUACUCCUCAAAAUCUAGUCAGUCAUCUUCUCUGAUGGUCAGCUUAGGAAGAACUCCUGCAGGUAGUUUACACUAUCGCGGCUCACCAGUGGGAUUAAGCAUCCGAAAUGCAGCAACUAAACAAGCUAAAUCUCCAGCUGAAGAAGAGUGGAAGGUAAAGCGUGAAGCUCUGCUACAGAAUAGGGUAAGAAGUGUAGACGCAAAAGAAGCUCUGCGUCUGCAGAAGGAAAAUAAGUUUGUGAUUCUAGAUGUACGGCCAGAGGCAGAGUUUAAAGAGGGGCACCCACCAGAAGCAAUUAAUGCGCAAAUAUAUAGGCUUAUAAAGGAAUGGACUGCAUGGGACAUUGCCAGACGAGCUGCAUUUGCAUUUUUCGGUAUCUUUUCUGGCACAGAAGAAAACCCUAAUUUCAUACAAGAGGUUGAAUCAAAAAUCAACAAAGAUGCCAAGAUUAUAGUGGCCUGCUCAGCUGGGGGCACUAUGAAACCCACCCAAAAUCUUCCUGAAGGUCAACAAUCAAGGUCAUUGAUAGCAGCAUACUUGCUUGUACUCAAUGGAUACAAGAACGUCUUCCAUCUAGAGGGAGGACUUUACAGUUGGUCCAAAGAAGAUCUGCCACUAGUUUCAGAAGAAUAGUUUGCAGAUAAUCGAUAACUCACGACUCUAUGAGGAAUUGAGGAGGUUAAUUUUGUACGUGUGCUAGAUAUCGUUUGUGUAUAGACAAUGAGUUUUCCUUACAUAGAGAGGAAGUUUAUCUUCUCCACCACAA